UUCCUGGUUCCUGCGCAAAGAACGAUCCUCUCUUUCUCUCUCUCUCUCCCCCCCGCCCCUAGUUCAAGGUUUCUGGAAACACAAACGUUUCCCGCCGCACCAGUCGUUUCUCUUACCGAUGCCCGCAAGCGCCUCGCGUGGGCCUGCCCAGUGAGAAGCUUUCGGAGAUACUACCGUCGGCCUUGAGAAACAACUUUAAGCCUUGCCCAGCGCUUGGCGAGGCGAGGGAUCUUCAGGGGCACGGCCGCCACGGGAGAGAGCCGCCAGAUUCAGGAACAAGCCGCAGAUGCUGAGAGGAGAGGAGAGGAGAGGAGAGGAGAAGAGGGGUCUGUUUCCUUGAGUAGUUAAUUCGUCGGAGGCUUGGCUGCCGGCUCGACUGCCCACUUGAUGGCGAUAACCGCCAAGGACUUUCCCCAACUCUCUCGUCCCUCAUCCCUAUUUCCCAUUCCCCUCGUCCCUCUCCUUUCUGCCCAUAGGGAAACGGGAACAAGCUUUCUGGACUGAAGCAGUCGGGUCGGGAUCGUUUGCCGAUGGCCAACGUGCCUUGCCUCCAGCCCAUCGAACCAGUCAGUGCGUCCCAUCCAGGCACAACCAUCAUCGUUUCAACUGCCCGUGAACCAAACGCCGUGACGACAAGCCCCCCGACCCUCCUGAAUCGCGGGGGUUGGACGGUUCAGCCCGUUGCUAAAUAAGUCAGUCCCCGUUGCUUUGCUUUGUUUUGUUUUUUUAACCUCCCCCCCCUCCCUUUUCACGCCGUGUCAUGUAACUCAACUCGUAGAGAAACACCAGACAAAACCUGUUGUCGUCGUCCAUCCAUCGUGUGUCCCUCCACCAAAAGCUCCUCCUCAUCAUGCCAUGCAGACAAUGAUGACAGACGAGCUCGUCGCCGCGUCGCCUCCCCCGCCGGGCGUGGAGUCCAACUUCAACAACCCGACCGAGUCCCUGGUGCCCCAGGUCCUCGUCGUCUCUAUCGUGCUCAACCUGCUCGCCAUCCUCUUCUGUGCCGUCCGCCUGUACACGGCCAAGGUCAUCAUCCGCCGCCACCAGCUCGACGACACCCUCAUCUUCGUCGGCCUCGUCUUCGCGACUGCCUACUCUGUGGUCCAGGUCUAUGAGACCCGAAAGGGUGCUGGGCACCACAUCUGGGAUGUCAGCCGCGCCGACACCGUCGCCUUCCACAAGCUGAGUAUGGUCGACCUCGCCUUCUACAGCCUGUCCAUCCUCUUCACAAAGGCCUCCAUCCUCGUCUUCUACCUGCGCUUCCCGCUGAAGCCGUCCGUGAGGCUUGUCGUCUACAUCGUCAUGUUCGCCACCGUCGCCUACUCGGCCGCCGGCGCCCUCGGUUGGGCCUACCUCUGCGCGCCCAUGGCCAAGAUCUGGGACCCGGAUACGCCGGGCACCUGUGUUGACCGCUCCGCCUGGUGGCUGAUGCUCUCCGUCUCCAACGUCGCUACCGACCUCGCCAUCCUGUUACUUCCAAUAUGGAUUCUGUCGCCUCUGUCGCUCAGACUGGUCAAGAAGAUCGAGAUGACCAUCUUCCUCAUGGCCGGUGGAUUUGUUCUUGGGCCGAGCAUCGUGCGUAUGGUCAUGAUCCCCCUCGGCUUCAACAAUUCGGAUUUUACCUGGACCGCCUCCAUCAGUAUCAUCUGGUGCGUAGUAGAGGCCAACGUCGGCAUCAUUUGCACCUGUCUCCCCUUCCUCAAGGCCUUCCUGAAGCACGUGUCGCCCAACAUCGCCAGGCGCUUCUCCGUGCCGGACGAGCCCAAGUCGCCCACCGUCUUCGACCGUGCCGCGGCGCUGCAAAGCCUCCCGCCAAAGCCCAAGUCCGCCUGCCGCAAGAGCCUCGGGCGGCCGACCGUGGACGACGUGCCGGACGCCGAGAUGCAGGCGGUCAAGCGGAACUGGCCGCUGAAGAACGACGAGCCGUUCGACCACGUCGAUUACCGCAGCAUCCGAGUGUCACACGACCAGAGGUCGCCGCUUGCCGUAAAGCCUGUCGAGUUCGCGGAAAUGGUGUGAG